AUGGACAGGUCCGAGGUGACAUGGCAGAAAUACGCAUCAAAAGCUGUUCUAGUGGGCUCAAUGUUAAAACAUUGCAAGGAUCAUCUGAGCAUCCGGAAAGAACUCCGUAAAUUUAUGAAAGAGAUGAAAGAGGAUUCUAUACGGACGAAACAAGAGUUGAAAGAGGAGGAUCCAGCAGUGCGUCAGUGGUACAUCAGAAGACGAUCGAGUGCCUCGGCUCCUACUCUUAGCCUCAGAGAAACAAGUGUAAAUCAACAGGAGAGCCUUCAUUGUAAGCUAUGUGAUGCAAAGUUUGAGAAUCCAAAAGACGAGUACCCAUGUCGUGUUUGUGACAGAGUGUUCCACAAGGAUUGUGUUCUGCUCAUGCAGGAUCUCCAUCCAUCACACGUGACCGCCAUAGAAAGAGCAAACACCAGCACGGGAUGGAGUUGUCCAACAUGUGAUGAUUUGAGUUUCUUAUUGACUGAAAAGGAGCUACAGUGCAUUAUUGAAACUUUUGAUGAAGAAAUCAACCCAAAAGGGGGUCAAAUCACUUUCGAUGAUUUCAUCGCAUAUAAGAAAAAACAACUUGGACAUCAGGUUACAGAAGAAGAGCAAAAACUCUUUGACCUUGAAUUCCGAUUGGUUGAUACGGAUGGCAGUGGAACUAUUGAUUGGUGGGAAUUUUUAAAUUUCCAAGCUAAAGUCAAAAUUUCCUCACGAAAUCAGAAUGAGUUGGUGGAUAUGCUGACAGAGAAAGAAGUUCUGAUGGCAAAGAUGGCCUUCUCCCAGUUAGAUGAAAACGAUGAUGGCAGGAUAUCGGAGUUAGAAGCCAGGAGAGUGAUCGAUGAGUAUACCAGUCGGUUCAACUUACCUGAUGAGAGACGACAUAGUAUUGGGGAAACCUACGCAAAACACGCCCUAGCUCGAGCUAUGUCACUCGAUGUUAAGGAACUGGGCAGUGUCACGUGGAAUGAAUUCUUGCAUGGUCAAGCUCAAUACAUUCUAGUUACACGUCCAAAUAUGACAUUUUUAGGACAAGGGCAGCUGUUUCAAGACAAAAACCCGACAAAAUCGUAA